AUGGCACGCGCUUUCACAGGUUUCGGUGCCAUAAUUUCACCAGAAUCCGCAUUAUUUCUCGCCUCAGCCGGUAGCGCCGGUCGGUCGGAUGUGAGCUGUCCGGUGAAGCAGGUCCCUACAGGGAAGAAGCAGGUUCCUCUGAACCCAGAAGCGAGCGCUGGAGUUCAGGCCAAGCCGGGCUCCUUCCCCACUCUGCUGGUUCCCAGCAGCGAGUUUGAACCCAGCAACUCUCACAUGGUCAAGUCUUACUCGCUACUCUUCAGAGUAUCGAGGCCCGGUUACCCCCGAACGCAGAUCAACGGCCUGGCUAACGGAGAGAAUCACCACAACAGAGAUUUUGCAGAGGAAGUGGUAAACAGGAAGAGGAGGAGCUCCUCUCUCAGGGAGGAGGGAGAAACCACAUUUGUGGCUCAGAUGACUGUCUUUGAUAAAAACAGACGACUGCAGCUGUUAGACGGCGAGUAUGAAGUGUCCAUGCAAGAGAUGGAGGAGUGUCCCGUCAAUAAGAAGAGGGCAACCUGGGAGACCAUCAUGGACGGAAAGCGCUUGCCUCCGUUUGAGAGUUUCUCGCAGGGUCCCACCCUGCAGUUCACCCUGCGCUGGACCAGCGACUCCUCUGACCGCUCCACUGCACCUGUGGCCAAACCUCUGGCCACCCGCAACUCUGAGACCAACCAGGACACCAGACCCAGCACUCUGAGAGCCACACACACUCUGGCUGUUAAAGAAUCCAUAAAUGCAGACGUGCAGACGAGAAGAGAACAAAUCUCAGCCGAACCCCGACAGAAACUGCGCAUCUUCUACCAGUUCCAGUACAACAACAACACGCGGCAGCAGACGGAGGCCAGAGACGACCUCCACUGCCCCUGGUGCACCCUCAACUGCAGGAAGCUCUACAGUCUGAUCAAACACCUCAAACUGUCUCACUCCCGCUUCAUCUUCAACUACGUGCCCCACCCUAAAGGAGCGAAAGUCGAGGUCUCUAUCAACGAGAGUUACGAUGGUUCGUAUGCAGGAAACCCGCAGGACAUCCACAACCAGCCGGGCUUCGCCUUCAGCAGGAACGGCCCGGUGAAGAGGACCGCCGUCACCAACAUUCUCGCCUGCAGACCUAAGAGGACGAAGGCGAGUCUGUCGGAGUUUCUGGAGCCGGAGGACAGCGAUCGGGAGCAGCAGAGGCCGCACAUCAGCGGACACAACCGCCUCUACUUCCACAGUGACAGCUGCGUGCCGCUGCGGCCUCAGGAGAUGGAAGUGGACAGCGAGGACGAGCGGGACCCGGACUGGCUGAAAGAGAAGACUGCCAAGCAAAUCGAAGACUUCACUGACGUCAACGAGGGGGAGAAGGAGAUCAUGAAGCUGUGGAACCUCCACGUCAUGAAGCACGGCUUCAUCGCGGACAACCAGAUGAACGAGGCCUGCCUGCUGUUCGCCGAACGCAACGCCGCCCACAUCGUCAAACACAACCUCUUUCGCAACUUCCUGCUGCACCUCAUCAGCAUGCACGACUUCAACCUGGUCAGCACGAUGACCAUCGACCAGGCCAUGGCCCGCCUCCGCCUCACCCAGAACCAGGCCCGCCAGAAAGACAGGGAGGACGACGACGAGGAAGAGGAAGAGGAGGACUGGGAGACGGCCGUGGAGUCCCAGCCGGAGCUGGAUCCAGAUCCAGAUCUUGAUCCAGUAGAGUAUAAACCCUGCAGUGAUGAGACUAACAACGGCUGCCUGGAGAAUGGAAACCAGCAGCGUGAGAAGCAGCAGGAGGAGGAGGAAGAGAAGGAGGAGGAAGAGGAGGGUGGAGGAGCUGCGACAGAACGGUUGACCAAGCAGAAACUCUGUGGCUCCGGUUCGGUUUCAAACUGACAUCAAUCAGAGACACACAAACAGGAUUGUGGUUGUAAAAUGGAGGCUUCAGGCCAGAAUCUAUGAACAGGAACAGACACAGGUUUACUGCAGGGAUUCUGUUUCACAGGGCAGAUUACUUCAACAACAUUUACAUAGAAGAGAGGCGUUUAUCAUUUCAUAACUAAAGACAGGAGUUUAGAAAAACUUGAACAAAAAAACAAAAUGUUCUUGUUGUUCUGUGUCAAGUGUCCUGAUAUGUAACCGGGUUUAAUCUCAGUCCAUCACUCUGCUGCAACCGUUUCCUGUCACGUCCAACCCAACACGUUUAUUAACAACAAAACUACGGAGAAAGCACAACUCCAGUCUGAACGGACUCAAAAGAGGAAAUCCAGUUUAAUUCUUAAAAAGGCUCAGUCAUUGAACUAAAACAGCUGCUCGCUGUAGUCAAACAAACGGGAGGAAUCGCUCUGACCUUCAGCUUGGCCACUGCUUUGUGCUCGCUCCGUAGUUUCGGUAACAAUGUAAAUGGGUUCAUCGUCUACAUAUAGCUACACACCACCAAAGGUUUUCUUUAUCACCCAGUGUGUUUACAUCCAUGUUAGUGUCACAGAUUGUUUGAUCAGGUGUCUGAUAAGCUGCCCAGGACUCCUACUGGUUUUCCAGGUGUGUAAUGUGGUUUCCAAUCAGGUCUUCAAGUCUUUAAAAAGGUCUCUGGGUCUCUGAUCGGGCGUCCAGGUCUCUUUACAGUCUCACACAACUGCAUUCUCCAUCUGAUCAUCAAUAUCUCUGAAUAUUUAUUAUAUCAUUGAUUUUUAUAAAGUCUUGAGUCGAACACAAACCCGCUCAGACAGGUGUGAUCGGAUCCUGAAUCAGGUGUCGGGUGUCUGAGUUUCUGUUUACACAUGCAGAGGACUCAGGAGGACUCACCUGGGACCCAGACGCUGUCCUCCGGUGCAGUUCCUGCUGCUGGUGCUACAUCUUUUUACUCCUUAGAAGCUCAUCUGGAUCUCCUCUCUCACAGCGACCUCUACUGCCAGCACACCAACGCCAAGACGCAUCGUUGAUGCUUCUUUUGUUUAAACAGACUUGUUUUUUCUACACUUUUACAAACAGACAUUAAACCGUGUCCCACUUCACCUUUUGAAAUCCACAAUUAUCUUUGUGUGCUACUCAUUUAGAGUUAUCUCUGAGACUGAAGUCUAGAAGUGGAGAUCUUUUGAUUUCUCACUCGUACUGAAACAGUCCUUUGAGCAGUCUGAACCGUCACAGAUCUGAACUGUUUCUCCAGGUGGUGGUUUCAGUUUUUUUGGCGUGAGGAAUUGCUGCUUUUUGUUUUAGCUUUUGGGGGUUUUGGGGACUGCUGGUCUCACAAGGGCUCUGGGAACUGCCGCGUUUUCCCCUUAAUUUAUCAUCUAAAUGAUUAAUUUGCUAAAUAGCUGCAGCUCACAUUCAGAGGAGGCGGAGCCUGGAACUGCACACAGGUGAAGCUAUCAACAUGAACUGAAGAACUUUCUCUGGUUUUGGUUUAUUUCUCCUGUUGCUACGCCUGCAGUCAUGUACAUAAGACUAAUAAUGUAGCUGAACUCCACCCGGGACAUUUUAUAGCAGAGUUUAUCGGUUAGUAUCGACCUGUUACCAUGUAAUUUAUUAGCCACAAAACAGGACCCUGCUACUAGGAUAGAGUCAUCGCCUACUCUAACCUGAGCCAGGCCAGACAAUAAUGAUAGAAAUUAAGAUUGGUACCCGGUAACUUCAGGAAUCUGUAUCGCGAGAAAAAACGGCAUCAGAACCUAUUUUAUAGUUUGUUAGACCAAAGGGGAUGGAUUCGCUGCAGAUUUCUCCACUCUUGUUUCUUCUCUCCUGUGAAAAUGUCUUGGUUUUUGUUGUUAAAAAAAUAGAUUUCUGUAAAGCAGACUCUGAAUCACCAUCUGACCUGGUAUCACUGCCUUGAAAUGUUCUCAGAAAGCACAAUGUGCAGGUGCUGCAUUGUUUUUUAGCUUAUUGUUCCAUAUUGAACCGACUGGCAUUGAUCGAGUGCAGGAACUGAGGUUUGAUGGGAGGAGUUGGAUUUCUUUGUGACCUCGCUCUUUAAAAGCUUUAUCCAGCGUGCAGAGAUCUGGUUUGUUGUGCAGAACCCACUGUAGAUUUUUUUUUCUUCAUUCAAAUGAGACCAGCAGCAUUUUGCACAAGAUGGGAGGAGCCAUUCAAGAAAACAAGACUUUUCUUCAACAAUUUAUGUAAAACCAGCUUGACGUUGUGAACUUGAGUUGAGUCAAAAUGGUUUUCUAUUAAAAGAACAAUUUUGUACUAUAA